AUGACGGAAGCAAAAGAGAACCUUAAUGCAGUGUUCGAUCCUGCGGGCAAUGGCCUGCCACCCGACAUUCUCGGCGUCCUCGAGUCCACACUGCGCCUACACUCGCUUACGGCCGAAGAACUCUUCAUAAAAUGGGAAGUUUACUGCCUCAAAAUGGGCAGUGAGGAGACGAAACUAGACCUGGAGACGGCGCGCAUGUUCGCAAAAGAUGUGCAAGAGAGUGUCGAGCGAGGAGACAGUCGAGUGCAGCAGGGCAACAAACUCGCUCCCAAGUCGGACAGGAAGAGUGCCGUGCAUGCAACGCCCAGAGCGGUCGGGACGGGAGACGUCUUUGGAAUGCUAGAUGAACUCACGCCCAACGCCCUCCCACGACGAAGUGGCAGCAUCAAGAGAAAAGCAGACUUCGACUCUCCCGUGCCAAAGAGAGUCAGUCGAACGGACACAAGCAGGACAACACCAGGCAAGGCAGGCAAAUUAGAUGGAUCUGCAGGAGUCCCCUUCUCCGAACGCCCAAACGCAGGCCAAAUCGUCGAAACAAUCAACGACCAUCUCCCUCAAGCUGAAGCACCGCUCGCACCAUUCUCCGAAGCACGACUCCGUCUGAUCUCUCGCACCGAUUUCAAAAAGUUCGCAUAUAAACCCAUGUCGAUGCGCCUGUCGGACGCAUCAGAGAUCCUCGACGAGCGUAUCGAUGACUUUCUCGCUCUUGUCCAGAAACACCAUGGCCUAGAGGACUCCGCGUUCGGCAACGCAGCGGCGCAGAGCACAAGUGAGAUCAUUGCCGUUGGGCGCAUCGCGUCAGACACGCCAGAGGGAAAGCUCAACUCUGCCUCGCUCGUGCUAGAGAUGUCGCGACGGAUGGGUGCUGGACUACGUGUCCCGCUCAAAAUCGACGCGCUACCUUCGUACCAAUUCUUCCCAGGCCAGAUCGUCGCGGUCAAAGGCACGAAUGCUUCAGGUCUGUAUUUCACGGUCAAAGAAGUCCUCUCUAUUCCAAGACUACCUAUGCCGUUAUCCACGACGAGCGAGAUCGCAGCCGUCAAUGAACGCCUCGAGGUCUCGGAGGACUCUACUGCAAUACCGCUGAACAUAAUGAUCUCUUCCGGGCCCUACACCGCCGACGAUAAUCUGGCAUUCGAACCAUUCCAAGCACUAUGCGAAAAGGCAGCAGACAGUAUGGCCGACGCACUUAUCCUGACCGGUCCGUUCCUGGACAUUGAGCACACUCUGCUCGGGAGUGGGGAUUUCGACAUCCCCGAAACACGAGGCCUGGACAACGAAGCGAGCAUGGCCGCGUUGUUCAAGACGUGGAUAUCGCCGCACCUGCAGAGGCUGUGCGCAGCCGUGCCAAGUAUAACGGUGAUUAUGGUCCCCAGCGUGCGGGACGCUGUGAGUAAGCACGUCUCGUGGCCGCAGGAACGGCUUGUCAAGAAGGACCUCGCGCUGCCGAAACAGGUUACCAUGCUCCCGAAUCCGUGCUUUGUGAGCUUGAAUGAGACAGUUUUCGCGAUAAGUUCUCAGGAUGUCUUGUACGAGUUGAGUCGGGAACAGGUUUCGCAUGGCAUGGGCGGAGUGGGUAGUGAUUUGUUGAGCAGAUUGCCGGGAUGUCUGAUUGAGCAGAGGCACUUUUUCCCGCUGUUCCCGCCCAUGGCACGUGGAAAUGGAGUGACGAAAGGAUCAGGGGCAUGUUUGGAUCUCGGGUAUUUGAAGCUGGGGGAGUGGAUGCAGGUUAAGCCCGAUGUGCUGGUGCUGCCGAGUUUGGUCACGGCGAGUGUCAAGGUCGUCGAUAGCGUGAUGGUGCUUAAUCCGGGACAACUGUCGAAGAGGAAGGCUGCUGGGACGUAUGCACAGAUCUCGCUGCAGCCGAGGGUGCUGAGUGAGGAGGAGAAGGCAGCGAAAACCUUGCCGCAUAAUGUGUUCGAACGGGCAAGGGUGGAUGUCGUCAGGAUAUGA